AUGACAAACAUUUCACACAACGUUAACAACAUUAUAGUAAUUGAUCCAACCAAUUUCAAUUUGUUUUCCGACCACAAGUGCAUACUCGUUGAGUUUCAAAGUACAGCAACACCUUCCCAGAAGCUCAAAAGAUCGGUUUACGAUUACAACCGUGCGGAUUUUGAAAAAAUGAACCGUACUUUUGAAUCGAUUGAAUUUGAAUUUAGCGAUCCCACAUCGAUGUCCGACAUAAACGAGAACUGGAAUUUAUGGAGAGACACUUUCCUUGCUGUAGCUGACGAAUGUAUUCCAACAAAGAUUGUAAAGGGAAGAUACAAUCCACCAUGGUUGACCGGUGAGAUAAAAUCUUUGAUCAAAAAGAAAGAAACACUACGGCGAAAAAUCCGUCGCGGAUCAAAUUCUGCUGCUCUUGUACAGAAAUACAAGAAUCUCCGCCGUACAUCUAAGAGAUUAAUUAGAGAAAGUCGGGAAAAGUUCUUUGGUUCCCUAAGGGAAGCUCUACCAUCCAAUCCGAAACUGUUCUGGUCAUUUUUUAAAACAACCACUAAAUCCAGCCGUAUUCCACAGCAAGUUUCCGUCGCAACAGGCAACGAAGACUCCCCACGCUUAGAUUCCACUAGUCAAAAGAAGCUGCAGAAAUGUUCAAUAACUACUUCCACUCAGUAUUUCUAACAGAAGGUGAUGGUAUUCCAAUCCCCACUCCACUUGUAUGUGAAGAGACUAUUUCUGACAUUAUUUUAGACUCGUUCUUCAUUGUCUCAAUCCUAGUAAAACAUCUGGUCCAGAUAAUAUAUCAAUCCGCUUACUAAAAGAAUGUGCGCACUCCAUCACACCAUCAUUAACAUGUCUCUUCAACAAAUCCUCAAAGCAGGCCUCCCUACCAUCAGAAUGGAAACUGUCCAACAUCAUCCCGCUUCAUAAAAAAGGAAUCAAGUGUUUUGUUGAGAACUACAGACCAAUGUCCCUCAUGUGCGUUGUUGCGAAAGUUUUAGAACGUUGUGUUUACAACCGUCUGAUUGGUCAUAUAGAGAACAUGAUAUCCGUCGCACAGCAUGGUUUUAUGAGAGGAAAGUCUUGCACAGGUCAGCUCAUUUCCGUUCUACACCGCAUCAGUCAACACCUGGAUUCAGGGAAGCAAACAGAUAUCUUGUAUUUCGAUGUGGCUACAGCGUUUGACACGGUGAAUCAUAGCCUUCUUUUAAAGAAACUCCAACGAUUUGGACUUAAGGACAAUAUUUUAACGUGGUUUAAAAGUUAUUUAUCCGGACGACAACAGCGUGUACUAGUCAAUAGUGAGAUGUCAGAGACACGUCCAGUUCCCUCCGGCGUUCCGCAUGGAUCAAUACUCGGAUCACUCCUGUUUCUCAUCUACAUAAACGACCUUCCCGAAUCAAUAACCUCAUCCGCUGUUGACGUUUCCUUGUUUGCCGACGACACAAAAUGCAUCUCAGUUAUUGAAUCACCGGUUGACUCCUGUGUCCUUCAAGCUGAAGCGAGAAACCUGGAGAAAUGGGCUGAGUUUUGGAGGCUCAAAUUCAACGCCGAAAAAUGCAAAGUUCUGAGCGUUACGAGAAAACGUCAUCUUCUUGUUGCUGAAUACAUUGACAACGGUAAAACUUUGCAGCAUGUUUCCUCCCAGAAAGACCUCGGAGUGACGGUUUGCUUAGAUCUCAGAUGGAACACUCAUAUUUGA